AAACCCUUCUCAGCAAAAAUCUAAAAGACUUUUCUCUCUCAAUCCACACAAACUGACACUUAGCCAUCUUGCCUAUGCCAUGUCCUUUAUUCGUGUCUCUCUCAACCUGCUCUCUCUAAACCUUCAUCAAUCUAUAACAAGCUUGGGUUUCUUCCUUGCUCGCCAAGCAUCGAUCACCCCACUUUUUCUUUAUAAUUUCUCGUCCUUUUGAAGUUUUCCCAGCUAUGGAAUCAAACCUUCAUGUAGACUCCAAGAGCCCCAGCGAAGAAGAAACCGAUCGAUCCAGGCAGGCCAAUGAUGAUAUGGGCACAGGUCGCUCCUACGAGUGUGUUUUCUGCAAGAGAGGCUUCACUACUGCGCAGGCUUUGGGUGGCCACAUGAAUAUUCAUAGAAAAGAUAGAGCCAAGCCAAGGCCUAGCUCAGUUAUUCCUUCGAUCUCUAGCAAAGUUGAUGACGAUUAUUAUGCAAGUUUAAGAGGCUCCCCUUCAAUUCAGAGCUACCCAUCUUACUACUCCCCGGCUCAUCAUCAUCACGAGGUACUUAUAAAUUAUCAAACACUUUUACCAGCAGCGUCUACAUGGGGUUUUAGAUCCUCACAGAGCGACGAUUUGUAUAUGCAAAGCCCUCAGCUUUUGAAUCCUUUCGAGGAGGAUUGGCGAAGGAGUCUUAGCCUGCAAAUUGGUCCAUCCCAUGUAGAUGAUAAUAAAGAAAAAACAGAAGACGGCAGUGAAGCAGACGAGUUAGAUUUGGAGCUGAGACUUGGUCAUGAUCCAUAAUAUCUAUUAUAUAUUCUACUAGGUAUUUGAUGAGGAACUUGCAUAUAUAUCUAUAUACAUAGCUGUAUUUGUGGUAUUAUUGUACAGCUAUGGAUUUUUCGAUGCUUCAAAAGAAACGGGGAAAAUCACAGAAGACUAUUAUGGUGCUUAAUUAUAAUUUGGCACAUAUGUUUGGGGCAAUUCUGCUGGGAGUCCUAUUGAAGUUUUCCUCUGGUACGUUUUAGGAAGAAAGGCAAUAAAUUUAUUAUAAAAAUUCCUAGUUUGCAGAUUUUGAAGGAAGUUUUAUCAAUCUCCUUCAUCCUGUAUGAAAACCUAUAUUCUUUUAGGGUUCUAUGAGAUACUUUUCUCUUUAUAAGUGUUGCAAUUUUGCUUAUAUUGUGCUAAUUUAGCGCAUUGCUUGAUGAGGUUUAUUUUUCUUCUAUAUAUGUUUUAAUUGAUAAUACAAAACAUUGUAUGUAUAUAUACACUUACUAUUUAAUUUCUUCCUCUCCAAUUAAUUUCCUCUUUCUGCAUGAAUAAUUACAAACCCUAAUUUCUUAUAUAUAUAUAUAUAUAAUCUUGAGUUACAUAGCCUACUAGCUAAUACAAUCAUGUCAAUAGCAAGAUUUUCUGAUUAUUUUAGCUCCAUAACUUCAAAAGCUAGUAUAUAUUGAAAUCAGAAUGUUCUUGCUAUAAAUACAUGGAGUAUGAAUAAUGAGCAGGAACUCUUUGGUAUUAAUCUUGAAGAAUUGUGUGAAAAAUUAUCUGGUAGAAAAGGUUUGCUAUAGUUAGAUUGAAAGCAGUAUUGCUUGCAUUGAUUAAUAAACAAUGAUGCAUGAGUUUUUGGCUCUAUACAUAGAAGCUUUAAUGGUCUUAAACAGUGGUCUUCAUGCAUGAACUAAACAUGACAGGAAUAUGUUUCUUGAUAAUCCUUUUCUAAAAGUUUUAAUUCUGAAUUAAUUACUGAUUUUGGAGUGAAUUAGGCAUGGUCCAAAUUUAACAUGGUAUCAGAGUCUCACAUCCGAUAUUGGACCUUCCAUAAAUAUGUCACGCACCAGUACAAUUCUGGGCGUGAGUAGGAUGUUAGAUCUGAUAUCGGAUGUGAAAACUAUAAUGUGCCUUUAUAUGAGUUAUAGACAAUCUUCCCCUUGAAUUAGUUUUUGGGUGAGUUAAGCCAGCCCCAACAGGUUUUAUAUAGCACUUUUGAAACUUUUUAGUGCUUAUCAAUCUGAAUGGAAUGAUGGUUGCUUGUGCUUCUCCUUCAUCUGUACCAACCAUUUUGAUGAAAGUUUUUCGCUUAUAUUUUUGCAUGCAGAUUGAUUAAAUUUUCUGACGUGUUGGCUAAGGCAUACAUUUACGCCUCCAACUUUGUUUUCUGACGUGUUCUGUACUAAUUCAGUCAUUCUCUCAAGGAAAUUUCAUUACACAAUAAAAUUAAAGUGCCAAGGAAGCCGUUAUGGAAUUUUUUUUAUUAUUAUUCAUGGAUUUCUAUCCUAUGUAGAAUUAUAGGAUACGUAAUAUUAAUUAAUUAAUUAUAGGAGCAGAUUUAUGAUCACACCAACUGCUUACAGAAGAUUUACUUUUAAAAAAAAAAGUUCUAUUCAUGUUCGAAUCUUACUGGACUAGACACAAAAAAAAAGUUGUAAUUCUCUAUGCAUAACUAUAGGACUUUGGUCUUGAACAGGCAGGAAGCAACUAAAGAAAAUAGCCUGCAGUGCCAAUUUCUAUAACCAAAUAAGCGUAAAGAAAUUUCUGGGAAGGUCCAGAGUAACAAGAUCUUGCACCAAAAAUUUGCCUUAAAGUUGGAAGAUACGGCUUGGUUUUGAAUUGUAUGGACAAUUCUGGGUCAGGAUGGCCACCUUCAUUUCUUAAUUUUUGUACCCUUUUCUCUGUUUUUUUUUUUUGGAUGCGUAAUAAUUCAGAUUCUUUCUAUUUGAUUACUUUUGGAAUGACUUCUGUUUCCCAUGUCAACAUUAAAUAAUUCAAAAAAGACUUGAACAUAAGAACCCAAAUAUUGAGUUAUGUUAAUUUCUCUCAUCUUUGUCCUUUGAACAUGAGAGCCCCAAUGUGCAUUCAUUAUGUGAUUCUACAUACAACAUCCCAGGGGCAAUUGCCAAUUUGGCAUACGUCAAUAUAUCAGAAAAAUAUAAAGAUUUGGUCUUAGUUUCACCAGCAACACUAAGAAGAAGGUCUAUUUCGAUGCCAACAAAACGACAAGUAGAAGAUCACAAAUAUUCACAUCAUCCAUUAAUAAAAAAUUAUUUAGUAAGAGAUCAGCCUGUAGCAAACCAGCAGACUAGCCAGUGGUAGAAUAAUUAUCUUUUACUCUUUUUUAUUUAACUAGUUUUUCGAUACGCGUUAUUUAUACACA